AUGGGGAAUUGCUUUCAGGGAUGCUCGCAGCCACUGGCAGUUGCCAAAUGUGAGGUCUCCCCACAGGGAAAGGGCUGCCCAGGAGCACCCCAGGUGGAAGGCAAUUGCACAGGAACCGUCACUUUCACACAGGAGACGGAAAACCGUUGCAAGAUUGAGUACGAGGUCAAGGGGAUGACACCAGGCUUCCAUGGAUUCCACGUCCAUGAAAAGGCGGACUUCAGUGACGGCUGUACCAGUGCUGGACCGCACUUCAAUCCUUUCAACAAAUCUCAUGGGGCCCCGUGGGAUGAGGAGAGGCAUGUUGGUGAUAUGGGCAACAUCGAAGCCGACUCGAGCGGAGUCGCGCGUGGCGUUUUGUAUGACCACCUUAUCAAGAUCAUCGGCCCGGCAGAGUUCUCAGUGGUCGGCCGGAGUGUCAUGGUCCAUGCUGAUCCUGAUGAUUUGGGUAAAGGUGACAACUCUCAACCGGGUCCUCCUCCAGUGAACGGCAAGGCUUCCAAGGUGACUGGGAAUGCGGGCGCUCGCAUUGCAUGUGGCAAGAUCAUCCUAAUUACCCAAGACUCGAGCGGAGAAUGA